AUGUCUGCUAACGUGUCUUCGGACACAGAAAGACAGACUGGGCAUGAACAGCACAUGUCCAAUGAAAUCGUUCACACACUCUCGUGGUCCAACAUCACACAAACCGUCAAAGACCGGUCAACCAAGGAGCCCAAGCACUUGGUCAGAGAUGUUGGUGGUCAAAUCAAGGCCGGCGAGGUACUUGCCCUGAUGGGCCCAUCUGGCAGUGGGAAGACCACUCUCCUUAAUAUACUUGCAGGCCGCACUUCAAGCACCAGCGGUAAUGUGGUUGUCAACGGUGCUCAUGUGUCAGCACCAGUCUUCAAGAAGCUCACAUCAUUUGUCGAGCAGGAGGAUGCUCUUGUGGGCUCUUUGACUGUCCGCGAGACGCUUGACUUUGCUGCUCGUUUAUCUCUUGCAAGAUCUGUCAUUAAGAACGAGAAAGGGACUCGAGUGCAGAGUUUAAUCGACAGCUUCGGUCUCAAGAACCAGUCUGAUACCCUCAUCGGUACACCGAUUCGCAAGGGCAUCUCAGGCGGCCAGAAGAGGCGUGUCAGUGUUGCCAGCCAGUUGAUUACUGCGCCCAAAAUACUUUUCCUCGAUGAGCCCACGAGUGGACUUGACUCUAUGGCCAGUUUUCAAGUCAUCUCUCUGCUCAAGAAUUAUGCUCGUCAGCAUCAGCUACUUGUUGUAGCCAGCAUCCAUCAGCCGUCUGCCGCCACUUUUCAGCUCUUCGACAAGCUUUUGCUACUUUCUCAAGGCCACACAUGCUACUUUGGUACCGUGUCAGGUGUUGCUCCAUACUUCAGCAACCUUGGCAUGCCCGUUCCCGAGUUGAUGAACCCUUCUGAGCACAUACUCAACUUGACGAACACCGACUUCGACCCCGAAGCUGGCGUGGUAGACACUGUUACUCAGUGCCUUGCAAUCCAAACUGCCUGGAAGACUCAUGAAAAUGAUGUACACAUUGUGACCUCAGCUCAGGAGAAAGACGAUGCUCUUGUCAAUCUUCAAGGCCCAGGUUUGGUCCAUGAUUUGGGUAUACCUAUCACGCUCCUGCAUCGUCUUUUUCUCAAGUCGUAUCGCGACAUCGUCACGUACUGGAUCCGUGUCGCUAUGUACAUGGGUCUCGCCAUCAUGAUGGGUACCGUCUGGCUGCAGCUGAGCACCAUUCAAAAAGACAUUCAGUCGUUUGUCAAUGCGCUCUUCUUCGGGAGCGCAUUCCUUUCGUUCAUGGCUGUUGCGUAUGUACCUGCCUUCUUGGAGGACAGAGCCAUCUUUGCCAAAGAGCGUGCCAAUGGCCUCUACGGACCUCUGUCGUUUGUGGUUUCCAAUUUUCUCAUUGGUCUGCCUUUCCUCUUCCUCAUUUCCAUCUUAUUUGCAACAGUCACCUACUGGCUCAUCAACUUACGCCCGGAUGCUACAGCCUUCUUCAUACACGUUAUGUGGCUAUUCCUCGAUCUGGUCGCCGCGGAGAGUCUGGUCGUCCUUGUCUCCUCUAUAUUUCCCAACUUCAUCAUUGCUCUCGCUCUCGUGGCUUUCGCCAAUGGCCUCUGGAUGUCUGUCGGUGGCUUCCUCGUGCCUACGGGCAGUCUCAAUGUCUUUUGGCGCUAUGUCUUCCACUACAUUGACUACCAAGCCUAUGUCUUCCGCGGCAUGAUGGUCAACGAGUUUGAUGGCCGUAUCUACCGUUGUGCUGGCGAUGUUGUUACGGGAUGCUCGUGUGCUUACGAGAGCGAGCUUUUGGACCAAUGCAAGAUUGAUGGCAAGGCUGUGCUGCGAUACUACGACUAUCCCACGGGACAGCUAGGGAAGACGGUAGGUAUCAUGAUUGGCAUCAUUGCCGUCUAUCGUGUGCUCGGGUACCUGGCUCUGCGCUUUAGGAAGUAG